AUGACGACCAAGGCCCAGUUUGUUGCCAACAACUCCAUGUCCGCGCUGCUGGAGCGGGUUAUCCAUUACUGCUUGCGGGUGCGGUACCGGACCCGCUUGGUGAUAGGCCUCGCCCUAAUCCUCUUGUCAGGAUGUUGGCUUUAUGGCAACUCCAUCGUUGACAGUAUCGGCCGGGGAUUGUUCAACAACAAGUUCACGAGUAGGAAGAACUACAGAACUUGCGAUGAUAACUCUAGAGAGUCGGACUGGGUGAAACCGCGCCUGGGGCACUCCAUCCCUCCAAAGAUUUGGCAGAUUAUGCUACCCAAGGACUUGGACGAUCCGCAGCCUGUCGACCCAGACACUUUGGCGGAGACGAAAACAUGGUUGGCUAUGAACCAGGAUUACACAUAUACGCUCGUAGGCGAAAAUCGCAGCAGAGAUUUUGUUCAACGCCACUUUGGCCACAACGCUACAAUUGUGUCAACCUAUAAUUCACUGCCCAACGUUGGCAUGGAGUCUGAUAUGCUUCGCUACCUUCUCCUCGAUGUUGAAGGCGGUGUCUACACGGAUACCGACACAAUCGCUCUCAAGCCAAUCGACGACUGGGUACCAAGAGACUUUCGCAACCGGACACGGCUUAUUGUAGGAAUUGAAUUUGACCAACGUGAUGGGCCAUCAUGGGUCGACAUCCCCCACCCGCUACAAUUCUGUCAGUGGACUAUUGGUGCAGCGCCAGGACACCCUGUCUUCCAGAGGAUGGUUUCUCGUAUUGUUCGCUCAAUAGAGGACUUGGAAAGAGCGUAUAGCGAGAUUGGAUACGGUUCGACAUGGAAGCCAACGAGCUUCGACGUCAUGAACUCCACAGGUCCAGCAGCAUGGACGGAUGUAGUGUGGGAGUAUUUGCAAGAGACUGAUAGGACCCUGACUGAUCUCAGGAACCUGUCAUAUAUGGACGAACCGAGACUAAUCGGUGAUGUAUUGGUACUACCGAUUGAUGGGUUCGGAAUGGGACAGCGCCAUUCAGGUAGUACAAGCAACGGAAGUGUUCCCGACGCGGCGUUGGUACAGCACCAGUUUGGGGGUUCUUGGAGAGGUGAAUGA